GCGACAUGGAGCGCCGCGUCCAUGGAAGCAGUCUUCUCGGCGCGCAGCGAGACGACGGCCUCCGCUACUACCGUGUCCUCCCUGAUGAUCUCGGCGGCCUCGGCGCGGCGCUCCCCCGCUGCGACCUGGAGCGCCGCGUCCAUGGAGGCAGUCUUCUCGGCGCCCUCUCCCCAUGCUUCCAUGCUUCUUCUUCCUCCUCCCAUCACCCGCCGCCGCAUUCAAGCGAGGAGGAGGCCUCUGUGGCGGCGCGCGAGCAGGAGCAGACACUGCGCGGAUUCAUCGAAGACAUCGAGAGAUCCAUCGUGUUUGGAAUUUGCAAGAACCAUGAGAGCAAGGAGUUCUUCCGGGGCCACGGGCGCCGGCGACGGCUCGACGACUACUUCGCCGCGGCCAAGAACCUGACGCAGAUUCUGGAGCACCCCGCCCUGGCGUUCGGAGACCUGCACGGCCACGCCACGUCCCUCCUCGCCACGGCCAUGGGCUCCCUCGCGACGGAGCUGUGCCACCUCAAGAUCUGGAAAUCGGACGCUCUCGCGGGCUGUCUCGGCUGCGCCUGCACGGCGGCAUCCAUCUGGGAGCUCGCGAGGUCCAGCUGCCGUGGCGGCGCCUCUUCUUCCGCUUCUGCGUCGGCGGCCUCCUCGAUGACGAUGAGCACCUCACGCUCCUCCGCCGGCGGUAGCAGCAGCGGCGCGAACUGCUUGAGCCUCGACGGCUAUUACAUGGCGAUCAGUGAGGAGAGGACAGUGCGAAGUGGCCAAAUUUCCUCAGUUACAGCUGAUUACAUCGACCUCAAGUCAGUGUCCAUCCUCAACAAGAUUGCCAGUUUCAUGAUUGAGGCCGGACACGAACAGAUGCUCCGGGCAGCUUUCGAUCGACACAGUGAGCAUCUUGUCAGGUACAUCGAAAUUCUUGACAUCGACAACAUUUUGGGUAACCACAUGGAGGAAUCCACAGAAUUGGUACUGAAGGUCUGGACAUCGACGAUGAGGAUUGUCUUCCGUGCUCUUAGUGAGAUGCAAAGGCAGUUGAACCAGAAUGACUUUGAAAUUUUCAGUUCACUCAAGGAGGACUACUUCUCUGCAAUUGGUAAGGUAUCUGUCAUGAAGCUGCUUAACUAUGCUAAAGUACUCUGCAUUAAAGUGAGUCCAUCCAAUGAUCCUUCUUGCAAGGAUACUAAUGCAGCAGUUAAGCAUGAUAUAUCAAAAAUGGUCAAUGUGCUGACUAUGUUCCAGUCAUUGGACGAUGUCAAGCUGGAAAUCUUAGAUCUGUUCUCGGGGCAAACUAAGGAUCUCAUUCUGGCAGAAAUCGAAAGGCUUACAAAUGAAUUGUCAGCAAAUUUUCUUGAGCAUCUCGUUGAACUAAAUGGUUUGCUUAGAUCACAACAGUUGGCCAUUUCUAACACCGGCGUCCAUAGCAUUGCACGGCAUAUCAUGGAUCUGAUUCGGUUGCUGCUUCAACAAAAGAACACAGUUCAUGUGAUGCUAAACGGUGAUCCUGAUAAAUUUGGUCACAUGGUGACUCACCUGAUCACAUCUUUGGAGUUCUUGCUGGACACGACCUCCAGGAGUCUGGCACUCCAAGGGCAGCAGCAGCUGUUCCUUCUGAACAACAUGAACUUCAUACUCGAGCAAGCGAGCAGGUGCACAGAUCUGAAGCUGAUCCUGGGAGAAAGCUGGUGCUCGCAGCAGCAUGGCCAGCUUGUUCAGCUCAUGGCAGGCUACCUGGAAGCUUCUUGGACUCCAGCCAUGUCGCCGUCGCCGUUCGGAGGAGCUCGAAACCCUGUGAUUCUUCUGUCACCUCAAAUGUUCAGCAAGUUCACCUCCCAUUUCGAGAUGACAUACAAUGUGCAGAAGACAUGGAAGGUGUCGGAUCCUCUGGUCCGACAGAAGCUGCGUGAGGCGAUCACGCAGAAGGUUAUCCCGCUGUACCGAAUGUGUUUGGAGAGCUACUCGGAGAAGAAGCAGCAGAAGUCUGCGAGGCUCGACGUUGAGCAUCUCAAGGCUCAGUUGCUGGAGAUAUUCGAGGGGUAAAUGGAAGAUGUUUGUAGUGUAUAGAUCUAAAAUGUUGCAUUUUUAGACAUAAAUUUAGGACGAUGUGUUGAUGUGAAGAAAAAUUGUGGAUGCUUCUAGGUAGUAUUAUUUGGAACAUGUGAAUAUUUUAAUGUACAUGUAAGAAAAUUAUAUUUCGGACAGAGGAUACUUGCUUAAGUUGAAUUUAUAUUAAUUUGUU